AUGAGCACCCGGCGUCCUCGGCCUGCGGGCUGCCGGGUCGGGGCUCUCCCGCCUUGGAGUGGUUGUCAUUGCGGCUUAGGACCGGGUGUUCUUUGGCGUUGUGAAACGCUGCGUCAGGUUCGUUCUCACGGCACCGGCGAGAGCACGCGGAGACCCAAAGUUAGUGGGUACCGCGACAUCAGACAGGUGCUGGUCCUGCAGGCAGGUGAAAAAGCAAUAGCUGGGACAGUAGCCUUCCCAUAUAACAGCAGCAUCAUGGUCAGAAGUUUUAUACUGUUCCCUGGAAGUCACCCGGAUGACCCUAUACCUACUGAUGGUGAUACUGAAAAUGACUCGGAAGAUGGAUCAAGAGCCAUCAAUCAGACUGGACCAUUCCUACCUGAACAACAAAAAGUGUCAGUGGAAACAUUAAGAUACCUUACCAGUCCCUGGCUGACGCGUUUUGUUCCUUCAGUUUACACCUUAGUGCUUGUGCUGAGUCUGCCUCUGAACGUUACAGCGAUACUCGUGUUUCUGAAAAAAAUGAAAAUUGAAAAACCAGCUGUAGUAUACAUGCUGAAUUUGGCCCUUGCAGAUGUCCUGUUUGUAAGCGUGCUUCCUUUUAAGAUUGCUUAUCACUUUUCUGGAAAUGACUGGGUUUUUGGACCUCAAAUGUGCCGUUUCAUCACUGCUGCCUUCUACUGUAACAUGUACUGUUCAAUAAUGCUUAUGACGAGCAUCAGCUUUGAUCGCUUCUUAGCUGUGGUGUAUCCCAUGCAGUCUCUUGGCUGGCGUACAUUAACACGUGCCUCACUGGUUUGUUUCAUCAUAUGGCUUGUAGCGGUAACUGGGGUUAUACCUUUUCUCAUCAGAGAGCAAACCAUGAAAAUACCCAAGUUAAAUAUAACUACUUGCCAUGAUGUGCUAACAGAAUCUGAACUUCAUGGCUUUUACCUCCACUUCUUCUCCAUCUUCUCUUCUGUGUUUUUUGUAGUGCCAUUUAUAAUUUCUACUGUCUGUUACGUGUGUAUCAUUCGAUGUCUUUGUUCUUCUACCAUUGUUGCAAAACAAAAUAAGAAGACACGUGCCUUGCUCUUAUGUGUGGCUGUUUUUUCUGUUUUUGUUAUUUGCUUUGGACCAACAAAUGUCCUCCUAUUAAUUCAUUACAUAAAUUUUUCUUAUGACAACAGCUUAGAGUAUCUCUACUUCGCGUAUCUACUCUGUGUUUGUAUCAGCAGUAUCAACUGUUGCAUUGACCCCUUUAUUUACUACUAUGCUUCUUCUCAGUAUCAGAGACAACUUUUCAGUCUCUUCAAUUGUAAAAAGGCUUCCGAUCCUAGCAGUAGUAACAGCAGUGGUCAGACAGCGUCUACCACUAGUAGAAGGGCUACAUGUUCUACUAAUGUGAAUAACAGUGUCUACAGGAAAUUACUAUCAACGCUAGAGAGCAUUAAAAUAACUAGGUAUGGCUCAGGCCUGGAAAAAGCUGAUAGUACAGCAACAGUCUCUGCCAGUUCAUAA